AAGUACGAUAGGAAAAUACAAAUUUUAACAUUAUUAAAAAAAAACUUCACUGAAAAAGAAGUCAGGUAUAAAUAAUUUUCUAAAUGGAAAGGAGGCCUAUCGUUAGUAAUCACAUCUCAGUUAUUUGUUCAAGUAGCUAACCCAAACCAACCAAAUCGAGAGCCAAACAAAACUAUAUACUUUCUCAAAAUCCAAAAUUAAAAAUUUUCCGAAAUUAAAAAAUGAUUUAUGCGAACGCGGUAUACAUACUGUCCCUGCUCGUGGGCUGUUUUUAUCCAGCAUUCGCGUCCUACAAGAUCCUGAACCAUCAGAAGCGUAGUGACAAUGAUCUUCGCGGUUGGUUGACCUACUGGAUCGCCUAUGGAGUUUACGUGGCUUUCGAUUUGUUCACAGCGGGUCUGGUGGCAUUCAUUCCAUUUCUAAGCGAGUUCAAACUGAUCCUCCUGUUCUGGAUGCUGCCUACUGUGGGCGGCGGCAGUGAGGUGAUCUACGAGGAAUUCCUGCGAUCGUUCUUUAGCUCCAAUGACUCCUUCGAUCAGGUCCUGGCCCGUGUCACCUUGGCCGGCAGUGAAUUGGUGGGUCAACUGGUUGGCUCCGUUCUUGGCCAUUUGAUGAUCUUAGCAGAUUGCUAUCUCCUUCCCCGCGGGCAGCGUCCUGCACUCCAAAUUACGCCCAGCAUCGAGGAUCUGGUCAACGAUGUGAUAGCCAAGAGACAGUUAGAAGAGAAGCGGAAACAGAUGGGGAACCUAUCCGAUACCAUCAACGAGGUCAUGGGAGACAAGACCGAUUUAAACAUGGAUCUGCUGAACGGAUCUGAAUCCGAUAUUCUGGUCCUCAAGGAGCAUAUUUCCAAGCCCAAGGAGAAACCUAAAACGGCGCCGAAGCCAAUGCGUCAGCCGUCAUCGAGCAACCAGGAAGAAAUGAACCUUCAGCCGCAGUUUAUGUUAUAUCAAUAGAUGUCCUCAAUAAGUCAGACAGAAGUUAUCAAGACUAAAAAUUUUCGAAUGUCAUACAUAAUAGAAAUUAAGUAACCAUACCGCAAUAAAUUUAUGAAACCUCA